AGUCUGCGUUAUGAUUUUCCUGAAAUUGAUGGUAUGAUAGAUAUGCCAUAGCUUCGGUAAGGCGUAGCAACGACAUGGUUAUCAUCUUGUUCACACCUGAACCAAUGACCCGGGGUGGCGAUCAGGAUUUCAUUUGGCGACACCUGACUCUUGUCAUUUAACUGUGACCUUCUCCCAGUCGAAACCUCUAGUUUCAUGGCAAGUCAGAGGUUGAAACUGGGUUUAUGGCUAUGUCCACGCCAGAGCUGUGACACGUGUGCAGUAUUCACAUCGUGAUCGAACAUCUUCUGUGCCACUUUCAAGUUUGCUUCUGAGAACUUGAAUGCCGCGACCUCUUCCAAUGAUACCAGUGAUCACCGGCCACUCGGUUCUAUAGAUGGUAUACCCUACCGAAGCUGCACGUUACACGUUUAAUGACAAGCACGCGGAUCAAGCAUGCCUCGUCAUAACAUGUCAAACCAUUCCAACAACACAAAAGUCACCAUGAGCUGGAGGAGUCUCGAUAGUACUCCAGAACUUUCUCACCCAGUAUUGGCAGUCCCGUAUCGCGUUCCGUCAUCGGAAGGCUUUGCCUCGCGUCCGAUGAGCCCUCUCUCAGCCUCUGCCUCUCAGCUGUCGUUCAGCUCACCCGUUUCCCGCUCUUCACGACCGCCAUCGGCAAACAAUAGAAUUCCUGGACUCUUCGCCCAGUCAUCCAUUGUUGCAAGCCCAGUCGACUCCGUAAGAAGCAUUGCCUCGUUCUUCACAAAGAUGCGGUCUUCUCCGCCGAGACACUCCGAGUUUUAUUUGCAGGAUGAAUUAUCUGUCUUCCUGGUAGACGGGGUGUUAUUCCGCGUACACCGCUUUUUUUUGCAGCGCGAGUCUGAUGUGUUCCGCACUAUGUUUGUAUGCCCUCCGACCCAAGACGGCCCUGAAGGACUCAGUGAUGACAAGCCCAUCGUCCUGCCUGACGUUACAGUCGCUGAAUUUGAAGCUUUGCUCAAGUUCCUAUACGACGGGGGCACCUCGCCAUCUCCUUUCUCAACAGCAGAUGAAUGGAUCAGAUUGCUGUCGAUUGCAACCCGCUAUGAGAUGGAGCGUAUCCGUGCAAGAGCGUUGCAUGAACUAGAUUACCUCCCACCGCUUGAUCCCAUCCAGAAGAUUGUCCUAGCGCGGAGGCACGAUGUGCGGCAGUGGCUGUUGCCAUCUUACGUAGCGCUUUGUUUAAGGCGUGAGCCCUUGAAUGUGCUCGAGGCAGUAGAACUUGGACUGGAGACUAUGGUGCUGAUAGCGAUUGGCAGAGAGUCCGUCAGGGACCCUCGUACUCUGAAAGAUUUCGAAGACUUAAGGCAGCCACUGGGAUAUGAUGAAUUCAUGACAGGCAUCAUUGCUGACGUAUUUGGGAGAGACGGAGAGAUUUCGGGUGCUUGAAGCGUAAUAUGGAGUGCGCAGC